UAGUGGGCGGGCGGGAACAUCUCUGCAAAGGGUUUCAGUCACUUUAACCUAAGCCAUCACAUGCUCAACAAGUAGUUUCUCCGAUUGACUUUAUCCGCUACUGUUGAUCUCGAGUAUUCUGUGUUCCCCGAUGACUUCCUUUAUCUCAGACUGGAUUUGGAGUGAGAGAUUUUGGCUUCCCGAAAAUGUUACAUGGGCGGACCUGGAGCGUCCACCACCUGGUGUUGAGUAUCCCAGACUGGGAGACAUACUCUACGCCUUGCCGCUGGCAGUCGGAGUUUUUCUACUCAGACUGCUUUUCGAAAGGCUAGUGGCCAAGCCCUGUGCCCACAUACUUCAGAUUCAGGCAGGAGAGCCUCGGAAAGCUCAGCCCAAUGAUGUUCUGGAGAGGAUGUAUCAGUCAUAAGGCCCAUGUUUGUUCUGUAGUCCAUUAAAUUGUCCAGACACGAGGCAACUGGAUGGACUCUCCAAGCAACUGGACUGGGAUGUACGGAAAAUUCAGAGAUGGUUUCGCGUCCGUCGGAACCAAGACAGGCCCAGUAUGCAGAAGAAGUUCUGUGAAAGCAUGUGGCGAUUUACCUUUUACCUGGGGGUUUUUAUCUAUGCCAUUCGCCAUCUGUGGGUGUCGCCCUGGAUGUGGGACACCAGACAGUGUUGGUACAACUAUCCUUUUCUGCCUGUGAGUCCUGGACAGUUCAACUACUAUGUAGCUGAGCUGGCUUUCUAUUGGUCCCUGAUGUUUUCCCAGUUCAUAGACAUUAAACGUAAGGAUUUCAUCAUCAUGCUUGUCCACCACCUGGCCACCAUACUGCUCAUCACAUUUUCCUAUGCCAACAACAUGCUAAGAAUUGGCACUUUGGUCAUGUGUGUGCACGAUGCAUCCGACAUCUUCCUUGAGGCUGCCAAGCUGGCCAACUAUGCCAAGUACCAGAAGCUAUGUGAUGGCCUGUUUGUGGUGUUCAGCAUAAUCUUUUUCCUGACUCGACUUGUCAUAUAUCCUUUCUGGAUUGUUAACAGUGUUCUGUUUGAGAGCUGGGAAAUCGCUGGACCAUACCGGGCCUGGUGGUUGCUUAAUGGGUUGCUGUUGGUGCUGCAGGCUCUUCAUAUCAUCUGGUUCUACCUCAUCACUCGUAUUGCUAUUAAAGCAAUAUUCAAGGGAAAGGUGUCAAAAGAUGACCGCAGCGACAUCGAGAGCAGCUCGGACGAGGAGACGAGAAGUUGCAGUAAGAAUCCCAGUCAGACCCUAAAAACCAAGGACAGCAGUCACACUGGUAACCUCAAUGGAGAAACUCAUGGGCAUUGAGUACCAUGAGGGGGAUGUGUACUUCCAGUGUGGCUUUUAUUCACCUCCUGUGUGCCUGUGUGACCCACCUAGUCACUUUGACCACCUGACAAGACUUAUUUUUUUUCACUUCUUCCUUUGUUGUUUAAAUGGAUAGAAGACUUGAAUACAGGGGAAGUUCAUGUGUGGAAUAAAGACUUAGCAAUGUCUUACUGAGUCAGGUUUACACUGUGUGAAGUUUACACCUGCUUUCUGCUUACAGGAGUAGACAGAAAAUGUGUGUGUGGUCUAUUUGCACCUUGCGGUGUGUGUGUGUGUGUGUGUGUGUGUGUGUGUGUGUGUGUGUGUGUGUGUGUGUGUGUGUGUGUGUGUGUAUUUUCAAAGUUAGAAAUUGCAGCAGAUGCGUAACAGUCCAUUUCUACACUGCUACAGUCAAAACUAAUUUUAUACAUGUAAAUACAUUUUAUUAGCAAAGUCGGUAAUAUAUUUUACAGCUGAAAAACAAUCACUGCAUCUGCCGUACUGAGUAUACUGCUUACUCUGUAAGCUUGAAAAACCCAAAUGGUAACUAUCACUCUUAAUAUACCAAAGGUUUCUUAAUAAAACAUUGUAUCAAAUCCA